UUUUGAUCACUUGAAAAAAACUUCUCAAACUUCUUUGACCCCCUUUUACAUGGUUUAGACUUGUGAGUCACCCGUUGCAGAUGUGGCGUCAAGGUCAGAAUCUUCUGCGGCGGGCGGCGGUAUUAAACCGUAGCUGCGGAAUCAGACAAAUGAUUGCUGGUUCAACGUCAUCUUCAAGCCCAAGUGUUUCUAUAUGGAGGCGCAAGAAAGAAAUGGGGAAAGAAGGUUUAAUGGUCGCCAAGGAGCUUAAGCGCUUGCAGUCCAACGCCGUUAGGUUUGAGCGGUUUAUGAAGUCCAAUGUUUCUCGCCUACUCAAAUCUGACCUCGUCGCCGUUCUUGCUGAGUUCCAAAGACAAGAUCUCCCUUACCUCUCCAUGAGGUUGUAUGAGGCUGUGCGCAAAGAAAUAUGGUAUCGUCCAGACAUGUUUUUUUACAGGGAUAUGCUUUUCAUGCUUGCAAGAAACAAAAAGGUAGAUGAAACAAAGAAGGUAUGGGAAGAUUUGAAGAAAGAAGGGGUGCUUUUUGAUCAACAUACAUUUGGCGAUCUUGUCAGGGCUUUUCUAGAUGGCGGAUUACCUUUAGAGGCAAUGCAAAUAUAUGAUGAAAUGAGGCGCUCUCCUGAUCCUCCUAUGUCUUUACCUUAUCGUGUUAUGUUGAAGGGGCUACUUCCUUACCCCGAAUUGAGAGAAAAAGUGAAGGAUGACUUUCUGGAACUGUUCCCGGAUACUGUAGUUUAUGAUCCACCUGAAGAUCUAUUUGAUGAGGAGGAGUGGAGAAAGGAGAGCGAUGAUGAUUAGAAUAUGCUGUCGACUCUGAUUUUCACAAUGGCAUUUGAAUUUUCCUCUGGUCAAGAAGAUAGUGGAAUGGUAAAUAAGGAAUGCACUGACAGCAGAUCAUGAAAUUGUUUAAGCUGCUGAAUUGAUGGGUGUUUCUGCCUUUGAGAAUUUGAAAUGUGACCCACGAAGACCGUGGAAUAUUGGAAGUUGAUGCCGCUAUGAUCAUACCUAUGAUAUCUAAACUGAAGGUCGGUUGAAUGCGUCUGAUGAAGCGGAUGUAUCAUUUUCUGCAAUUUGUGUUGGAAGAGAGCCUGCCGACGUUCUUGGUUUCUCCUUAUUAAGGUUUCCUUUGAUCAAUAGUUUAUGAAUUCCUGUCAUUGUCAGCGAUUAUCACCAUCUCAUUCAGUUAUUCUUAUGAGAUGGUGAAUGUUUUGUUAGGAUAAAUGCUCCACCGAAGAAAUUAAUUAAUAUAUGGGUUAGUCAUCCAAAUUAUUGGUUUUGGUAUCGUUGUUCUUCAGGGCACUCUGGUUUCUGCCUUUCUAUUCUUGAACUCUAGCAAUAUUUCUUAUAGUCAUAUCAUGCAAUUGACUUUUGA